CAGCCCAACUCAGUCAUGAGAUGGGCUGGCCGCCAUUGUAAUCGCCGAGGCUGAUACAAGUAUCGAACCUGACAGUGUACGAGCGCGCUUCGGUGAAUAUCGGCGCCCAUCCUCGCCGAUCGUUGGCGGCUGCGACUGCACCUGGCGCCGCCUAUCCUCCCGCGAUGCGUCUCUACGCUGCGAUUAUCUGGUUUUACGCCAGUUUGGUGACUCUGGCGGGUUGCCAAACCUUCCCGCCGGAAACUGUCCGGGCAAACCCAUACUUUCCUGUCAGCGCUGCCAAGGCGAAUGCCCCUGUUUACAAUAUCGCGCUUUUGACCUCCUACAACACAACGACGCAGCUCUAUGGGAUGAAUCCCGUCUGGAUCGUGCGUCAGAUCCAGGUUUUCCAGAUGGCCUUGGAUUACUACAACUCCAUCGACACCGUGAUUCCUGGCCUGCGCCUCAACUUUUCAUGCCACUACACCAACUACCUGAUUCCUGUUAGAUCGAUCAACAAUGUCAUCCAAGCGCUGCAGAGCUUUCCCGUAAACGCCUUUGUCAGUGGCGGGUUUUCCGUCGAGUACCCGGGCAUGGUUUCCAAUGCACUCGGCUAUCCGUUCCUUGCAUCGACAGGAUCUCUUGCCCUAGCACCUGGCAAUCCAGAGUGGGCAAUGUUUCCUCAAACCAUCAGCUUUGGCACCGUGCUCAGUUAUGUUGCCACAGGGAUUGCCGACUGGGUCUACAGCAUGGGCUGGAGAAAUGUUAUCGUCUUGACAACGCCGUCGCUGGUUUCGUCCUACGGGCCACAGCUGGCUUCGGGAUUUAUACAGCGAGCAGAAUCCCUUGGCAUAAAUAUUCGUCUCAUACAGCAAUUCGUAGCCACGCCGAGCAGCUUGCAGGCUGCGUGCGAAGCCAUGGUGGCCUCGCAGACCCGUAUCUUUGUGCUGUUUGGUCAGCUCCAGUUCUUGGCACCGUUGUUUAUAGAGGCACGAAACUACAAUUUGACAACCCCGGACUAUCUCUGGUGGUGCUCCGAUGGAUCCUAUACACUGACGGAGCUUCAAACAAAUCUCAACAUUGUGCUCCCAGCCAAUACAACGUUUCCUCCAGUAUUCUCGCUAAUUGGACCACAAAUUUCCACGCAGUCCACUGACUACCAACUGCUCAACUCUUUGUACAACACGAGCUUUGGCGUUUCUCUGAACACCGAUAUUACGUUUGCUCCUCAGAAGUAUUACGUCACGGCAUCGUGGGAGAGCAUCACGACGCUCGUGUAUGCGAUCCAAAAGCUGCUCAAUACCAACCCUCAAGUACGACUCAGCGACCUGGUAUCCAACCAAGUGAACAAACUGCUCACGCCUUCAGUUUUUUCAACUAACUACGCCGGAGCUUUGGGGCCGCUCAUGUUCGACCGAUAUGGUCAGAAGUUGACCAGUAUUAUCGACAUUGCCUAUAAUGCUAAUCCUGGCGCCAUUGAGAACUUCAACAAAUACGACUUUAUCGAGUUCGUCAGCAGUGGAAACUCAUCCGCCCCCAUGCUCAUCACGGAGAUUGGCAUCAACCCGUUCUUCAACGGAUCAUCUUCCCUGGCGAUCCCGCUGGACUUUCCGCCAAGUUUGGACCAGGGAUUGAGUCAAUCGACAAGCCAUGCCGUGAGAGGCUUUGUCAUAUUUAUUAUGGCAACCCUGGCUGCAUCGAUUGUGUUUCUCCUUCGCAUGAGAACCAACUCAGUGGCUGUAUUUGGAAACGUGUGGUUCUAUGUCUCUGUGAUUGUCGGAGCGCUCUUGAUCCACGGAUCAGCAGUCGCUUUCCUCAGCACCCCCUUGACCGCCCAAAGCUGCAACGCGAUCCCGUUUGUGCAGUCGGUUGGAUCAGGCAUCAUGAUCAGCGCCUUCUUGUCCAAGGCACAUCAUUUCUGGGCGCAUGCCGGCUCCAAUAUCAGCGUGUUCACACCCGUCAAGACGGCAUCGUUGCUUUCGUUCCAAGGAGUCAUCUUCGUGGUCAACUUGAUUCUCUCCUUGGUGCUGGUUUGCCAAUAUCCACUUCAGCCGACUCGAAUCGACACCGACCAAUUUGACCACUAUAUCACGUGCCAGUCCUCGAACCCCAACAACAUCCAAGUUGGAAUGAUCAUAUUCAAUGGCGCCCUCAUAUUGCUUACGACCUACGCCCUCUUCCAGCAAGCCAGCAACGCCAAAGUUCCGUUUAGCGAAAACCGAGUCCUGCUCUUUGGAAUGGGAAACGCUCUCUUCUUAGGGACGGCGUUCUUCACCAUAUCGUCGCUCAUGAUGUUGGCAUAUGGGGAGCGUCUUUCAUUGUAUAUUGCCGGGCUCGUCUUCGUCCCAUCGAUCAUGUUCGUGUGCGCUGUCAUGCCGAUGAUGCUCGCCGUGACUGGAGUCGCCUUCAAGGAUACUUCCACUCGCAUCCAAUAUUACUCAACCACACUGUCUGGGUCAGGUCAAAAGCCCAGCAAGAAAGAUGCCGCCGUUGGUAUAGGAUCCCGCUCAAUCGUAUCAGCCAGCAAAGUGGAGUCAGCUCGAGGCGUGAUCACUCGCGACAAAAUGACAAGAAUUAGAUGCCGCAAGGUCUAUCGGUACAACUGGCAGCAAAAGAAGAGACACCUCAAAGAAUUCGACGACUGUACCAUCAUGCUGCUGUGGUUUGAUCCCAAUAGCUUUGUUAUAAUCCCAAAGGUAAAGCCCCCGCUCCCAGUAUUACUGCUCAGCUUUCUUCAUGGAUUGUAUGCAUGGUGAGGAUGAUUUCGACAGCCACCAACUCAUACAUGCUCAUUUCAAAU